AUGUAUUCAUAUAUGGAUUGGGAUGGAUUGAAAUCUAAGAAAUGGAGAGAUAAAGGAAGAAAGAAAUUUGAAUAAUAAGCAAUUGAAAUUAUUACACCUAGAGAAAGUGAUGUUUUUCUAAGUUAAGUUCAAACUAAACUUUAGAAUCCUUUAAUAUAAAACUAAUUAGAGAAUUUAAAAACUCCAAUAAUUAAAUAAUCACUUAAUAAUUAAGAGUCAUCUAGAUUAGAAAAGUUUUAUUCAGAACCUAAUUUCAGAAAAUAAUUUGAACCAUUAAAUAGAUAAAUUUACUUUGAAAAAAAACAUUUACGUUAAGAUAAAGAUGGUCAUUUAGAAGAUCUAGAUUAUGGCAUAAAAACAUUUGAGGUUAUUUAUUUCAAUUGUAUUUUAGUAAGCAAAUAAAGAAACUUAAUAAGGUUAUAUAUUAGAAGAUGAAAUGUAAAGAAAAGUAAGAGUAAAUGAUCAUAGAAAUGGUAUUGGAACACAUUUUUUAGGAGAUAAGGCUUAUCAUAUUCCUGAAUAUAGUACUAAUUUUUAUAAACAUCCUGACGGUGCGAUUCCUGGUUCUAAUAUAUAAUAUCGUCAUUAAUAUAAAUAAUUAUCUAAAUGA